GUGGUUGAAUUAAUAGAUGCUGCUGCCAUCAAUUCCACAGCCGUACGUUUAGACUGGGUAAUGCAUGUGAGCGUAACGGAAAAAUAUGUUGAGGGCCUGUAUGUACGCUAUCGUGAUGUUAGCGCCAAUUCACAGCAAUACAAUAUAAUGACUGUAUUGAAUCCAUCGAUAGAAUCACAUGUUGUGGCCAAUUUAAAGGAAUAUACAAAAUAUGAAUUCUUUUUGGCGCCCUUCUUUCAGACGUUGGAGGGUCAGCCGAGUAAUUCGAAAAUUGUACAAACCUAUGAAGAUGUACCCUCAGCACCUCCCGAUAACAUACAAAUUGGCAUGUAUAAUCUAACGGCUGGCUGGGUAAGAUGGUCAUCGCCACCACCCCAACAUCAUAAUGGCAAUUUGCUGGGCUAUAAAAUCGAGGUAACGGCUGGUAAUACCAUGAAAGUGUUAGCCAAUAUGACUUUAAAUUCUACCACAACUUCGGUAUUGUUAAAUAAUUUAACAACUGGAGCCACUUACAAUGUACGCUUAAAUUCGUUUACCAAGGCCGGGGAGGGACCCUACUCACAGCCGGUUUCAUUAUUCAUGGAUCCCGCACAUUUAGUACAUCCCCCGCGUGCUCAUCCCAGUGGAUCGCACAGCAGUAUUACUGGCCAUGCAGGAGAUGGUGGUCAUUUUGCUUAUCAUCCCAAUGGUGCUGGUAUGCCAGAUGAUGCUGCCACCACAACAACUCAACGCAAAUCAACAACAAUUGUCCAUGAAACAUGGUUUAUGGCUUUGGUGAUAACAAUGCUUUUGGCCAUUUUAAUAUCCGCAGCAGCAGCCAUGUUGUUUUUCAAGCGGCGCCAUCAAUUGACCAAAGAAUUGGGUCAUUUAAGUGUAGUGAGUGCCAAUGAAAUUACCGCCUUGAAUAUCAAUGGCAAAGACAGUUUAUGGAUUGACAGGGGCUGGCGUACCACAGAUACCGAUAAAGAUUCCGGUUUGAGUGAAACCAAACUACUGUCUAAUGCCAAUAGUCAAUCAAAUUAUAAUACAUCAAUAGAUGGUGGCACCGAUUAUGCUGAAGUGGAUACCAGAAAUAUGAGUACAUUUUAUAAUUGUCGUAAGAGUCCUGAAAAUCCUACUCCUUAUGCUACUACCAUGAUUAUAGGUGCUUCUUCGACGGAAACUACUUGCAUGAAAACUUCUGGUUCUAGUACAGAUCAAGAUUCAGGCACUCAUUCACCCAAUUCGGAGGGCAUUAAUACUCACUGUCCUCCUAAUGGUCCUACGGCCAAACAUAAUUAUCAUCAAUAUCCUCCCGAACAAAUUAAUUGGUCAGAAUUUUUGCCACCACCACCGGAACAUCCACCACCAGUACCCUCAUCGUGUGGUUAUGCACCCGGCUCACCACAAUCCUCAAGAAAAAGUUCCAAAUCGGGAGGUUCGGGUGCUCUCAACUCUUCCAUACACAGCAGUUCUUCCGGUGGUUUCUCCACCUGGGGCAUGACACCUCAGUGUGCAGCAGCCGCCGCUGGUCGUGUGCCUCCACAGGAGAAUUACUACAAUAAUCCUUUACCCUGUGUGGCUGGCACACAGAAUCGUUAUCAAAUUACUCCCACAGCUCAACAUCCUCCACCCCUGCCUCCCUAUUUCCCACCGGGUGCUGGGGUGGGCACUGCCCAACUGCCGCCUCGUAAUAUACAUAUCCAUUAUCCGCCACCCAGACAUGCUGUCAGUGAAUAUCAGCCUACGGGUACUCACAAUUCGAGAUGUUCUAAUGGCAGAACCUGCAACAGUUGUGAUGCCUUAGCAUCACCUCACCAACCACUGCCACCACCCGGUGAGGGUUGGUAUCAACCACUACAUGCGGCUCAUAUGCCAGCCACUAACUCAUCAGCCCAUCAAAUCUAUCAAUGUUCCUCUGAAUGUUCCGAUCAUUCACGGACUUCUCAUUCCAAUGUCACAGCUCAUAACCAACCUCCUACACAUCAUCAACAUUCUCACAAUCCACACGGUCACAGUCAUAGUCACAGUCAUAUGGGCGGCAAUGAUACUAUGCGUUCGGAGAGUAGCCAAGAAAAUGGUAAAUCUUCCAAUCAUCGAUGUCACAAUAAAACCAAUAAUCGUUUUCCCGAAAUUAUCGAGAAUGAUCAGAAAAGUUUAGCAGCCUCAUCGUGUACUUAUGAGGUUUUAGGUGAACCACGUAAUUGCAGUGAAUGCUGUAGUAGUUCACGUGAGGGUGAUACCUGUUCCUGCAGUGAGGGUUCCUGCCUGUAUGCGGAGGCCGGGGAACCGGGUAUGCCGCCUCAUAUGUCGGCGGCCGUCUUGACGAGUGGUCCUAAGAUAUUAACACAAAAUAAUUGAUAUGCAACUUAUGGUACAGUUGCUGGUGGUUGUGCUGUAGAUGCUGCCGGUAUGGUCACCGAUGUUGUCAUCUAUUUCUAGUGAAGCAGCUGCCUAACAGCCACCAACAUCCACCAACAACUAGCCACCACCAUGUACAGUAAGUGUAAAUUUUAAUAAAAUAAAACUUAAUUAAAAGAAAUAAAUUAAAAAAAUAAAAAAAAACAUUUUAGCAUUUAAACACUAUUUUAUACAUUUAUAAUUUAUUAUUAAACAAUACUUUUUACUAAUUAAAGCUUAAACAAAAAAAAAAUACCAACAUAAUCAUUGUAAAUUGAAAAGCAUUGAGAUUUUUUCGUAGCCAUCGAAUAGUUAAAUUAUUUUUAGUAUUAUAAGACAUUUUGAAAAAAAAAACAAAACCUAAAUAAAAGCAAAAUUAUUAAAAUUACAAAAUUCUUUUAAACAGAAGUUUUAUUCGCAAAAGUAAGAAAAUAUGGAGAAAAAUACAACAAUUACUUAAGAAAAUUCAGCUUGAACUUUUAUGGCGUGUUAAGCUGAAAUUUUUCUUUUACUAAGAAUUUACAAAAAAAAAUGGCUUUUAUUAUGCCAUGUCGCCAUUUUAUUUCGUAUUUAGCGGGGUUUGUGUUUGUCUGUUUAUAAAAUCCAGGGAAAAGUAAUUUUCUUUGCUGUUUUUUUCCACUUUUUACAAUUAUUAUGAAAAAUUUUUUCAUUUAGCAAAGGCUCCUGCUAACAAUGGAAUUUUGAAUUUGAUUGUUAAACUAUUUUUAAAAGUUAAGGCAGUUUUAUGUGUUAUGUUGCUUAAAGUUUAUAAUAUUCAUAAAGUUCGAAGGACGAAUUUUGUGCAAAUCGUGAUUUCAUGAGUUAGAUCUUUAGGCUUUAAAUUUUUUAAAACAAAUUCCAUUUUAGAAAAAUAUAACUAAAAAAUUACUUCCUUGUUUGAAAAUUAUGAUUAUGAAGCCAAAAUUAGCAAUUUUGGUUCGAAGGACCAAUUGCCUAUAUCUGUUUAAUUGGUAACUUUCUUGUGCUUUCUAUAUAAACAUAAGAUUUUAAAACUUUUAAAUAUUUUGUUAUACAAAACUAAUGAAAAAUGUAGAAUUUAUUGUCUUGGCUCGCCGGACCAUUUGUAUAAAGAGUUUAUUAAAAUUCUCAUGACAAUUACAUAAAAACUUUGCAAAACUGAAUACUUGUUUACAAAUUUCCCGCUCUGUUGGAAGAAGUUCUUUAACUUUAACAACUGAAUUAUAAAUUUUUGGUUCGAAGGACCAAUUUUGUGUAAAUCGUGAUUUCAUAAGUUAGAUCUUUAGACUUUAGCAUUUUUUAAACAAAUUCCAUUUAAAAAAAAUAUAACUAAACAUUUACUUUCUUGUUUGAAUAUUAUUGUUAUGAAGUCAAAAUUAGCAACUUUGGUUUGAAGGACCAAUUGCCUAUAUCUGUUUAAUUGGAAACUUUCUGGUGUUUUCUAUAUAAACUUGAAUUUCAGUUAAGAUCUUAAAACUUUUAAAAGUUUUGUUAUAUAAAACUAAUGAAAAAUGAGGAAUUUAAUGUCUUGGCUCUUAGGACCAUUUGUAUAAAGACUUUAUUACAAUUCUCAUGACAAUUACAUGAAAACUUUGCAAAACCGAAUACUUGUUAACAAAUUACCCGCUUUGUUGGAAGAAGUUCUUUAACUUUAACAACUGAAUUAUAAAUAUUUGGUUCGAAGGACCAAUUUUGUGCAAAUCGUGAUUUCAUGAGUUAGGUCUAUAGGCUUUAACAUUCUUAAAACUGGUAGCAUUCUGGUGCUUUCUAUAUAAACAUGAAUUUUCGUUAAGAUUUUAAAAGUUUUAAUGUGCAAACUUAUGGAAAAUGUGGAAUUUAAUGUCUUGGCUCGUAGGACCAUUUGUAUAAGAGUUUAUUACAAUUCUCAUGACAAUUAUAUGAAAAC